GCGCGCGCCAUGGUGACGUUGCCAAGAAAGGCAGCCUGCAAGCGCAUGAGCUCCAUCGUUUAUUCACAACAAAUUAAACCCGCGCUCCACUAUAGCAACAUGUAACUUCUCUCCACCAGCGGAGGGAAAAACCAAAAAGAUGGAGCUCGAGGUGGAGAACCAAAGUCCGCCUUUCAACACGUUCACCGCGCGGCUGCCCGCUAAACCUAUAUUGGGGAUGGGUGUGGACAACUUCAUUUCUCUUGUGAUAUUUGCACUUAUCUUCAUCCUCGGCGUGCUCGGGAACACCAUGGUGAUCACGGUGCUGGCGCGCAGCAAACCGGGACAGCCGAGGAGCACCACCAACAUCUUCAUCCUCAACCUGAGCGUGGCGGACCUGUCCUACCUCCUCUUCUGCGUCCCCUUCCAGUCCACCAUCUACAUGCUGCCCACGUGGGUGCUGGGAGCGUUCAUCUGCAAGUUCAUCCACUACUUCUUCACCGUGUCCAUGCUGGUCAGCGUUUUCACGCUGUCGGCCAUGUCCGUGGACCGCUACGUGGCGAUCGUCCACGCCAGGAAGUCCUCUUUGAUCCGGGUGUGGAGGCACGCCAUGCUCGGGGUGGUGCUCAUCUGGAUCCUGUCCCUGGUCAUGGCUGCGCCCGUUGCGCACUACCAGAGCAUCGUGGAGAGGGAGGUUAACAACACCUUCUGCUGGGAGGUCUGGCCGGAUCACCACAGGAAAAUCUACGUGAUGUGCACGUUUGUUUUCGGAUACGUCCUGCCUCUCAUUUUGAUAUCGGUCUGCUAUGCAAAGGUUUUAAAACAUCUACAUAAAAAACUGAAGAACGUCUCCAAAAAAUCAGAGCAGUCCAAAAAGAAGACUGCCCAGACGGUCCUAGUGGUUGUUGUGGUCUUCUGUCUCUCUUGGUUACCCCAUCACAUCGUCCAUCUGUGGGUGGAGUUUGGCUCCUUCCCCCUCAACCAGGCGUCCUUCGUGUUCAGGGUGGUGGCUCACUGCUUGGCCUACAGCAACUCCUCCGUCAACCCCAUCAUCUACGCCUUCCUGUCGGAGAACUUCAGGAAGUCAUACAAGCAGGUCUUCUUGUGCCGGGUGUCCAGCACAAGUCCCGCGAAGGACAGCAAGGAGGUGCGCAGCAGGAUGGAGAAGGGGCCGUCCACUAACAUCAGUGUGACUUACAAAGGUCACAACUCUCAGACCAGUAAAAUGCUUUGAUUUUGCCGCUGACGUUAAGAACUUCGUCUUUGUUCUGAGUAGAUACAUGAGGUUAACAAUGUUUAUUGAUUUUAGACAUUUAAAAUUGAUUUUGAACAUAUUAUAAACAACCGUGCUUGAGCAGCCCUCUUUAUCGAACUUGUUAACACAAUCUUUUACUCAUUUUAUUGCAAAUUUGAAACAUUUGGCGAAUAAGAGACUCCUCACGGACACGUUUGCUGUGUUUUUCGCCGUUGGCUACUCGCCACCAGCUCAGCCGUCCCUCAAUUCACUGAAUUUGGAUUAUAGUGCUUGUAAGACUUUGCAUCCAAAUGGACGAUGUUAAAAGCAUAGCUGUUUUAAAAUUUCUGUACUGAAAUAGUUUUCCUGAAAAAGAGAGGUGGUCAGUUCUUCCUGCCAAGUUACAUUCAAUUCCAAAUUUUCCUUUUUUUUGAUCGUUGUUUCCUUCAACAAAGCAUGGCCCAUAUGUUAGGGAUCAGAGGUGGAUUGUGGAUGGAGUAACGUGACAAGUACACAGCACAGACGUUCAGAUUCACAUAGAAUGAACUGAAACUAUGCAUUCAGUUAGUAUACCUUUUCAUUUGAGCAUAUUCAUCGAAGGCUGGCGAACACAUAAGGCACAAUUCUCUUCCCACACGGGAGCAUCUGACUCUGAUUGUGGUAAGCCUGCCAAGGCAGGGUCACUAUGUGCGCAUGGAAAUAAUGACGUAGCAUUGCAGAUAACCCUUCUGUCUCCAAAAAGUGUCCCCCCCUGUUCAGAACAUGGUUCAGUGUCUGAAUCAGAGUUAAAAUGUUAAAAUUAAAAUACCGCUGUGAAUAAUUUUGACUUUUUGAUAUUAGCAAACUAAUUCCAAAAGUCCACAAUGUGCUUGUGAAUGAAUGAAGUUUACAAAGAGAUGCAAACUAAUUCAUUAUUUAUUCAUAUUUAAAAGAAAAUAUAAAGCAGCUCAUACAUGCAUGAAGCGCAUGAGGCACUUGACUCUCUGAUUCACACACAUUACAUAUCGUUUCCUGUUCACCUCCAAAAGGCUGAAUUCGAUUGAGAGGACAUUUUCAAGAAUGUAGCGCUGCAUGUUCUUCUACGACCCCCUGCAGCCUUUUUAUACUAUUACAUGUCAAAGCAUGUUAUGUAUGAAAAGGGAGGGAGGGAGGAAGAUUUGUUUAUCAAUUUCAUGACAUCUUGUAAAGCAUCGUAAAGGAUUUCAUGUAUAAAUAUACAAUAUUCUGUGAGGAGCCAGUGCACAGAAUGUUGGGUGAGGUGUCUCUUUCAAUGACAUUAAUUGUAAGUUAUUUGCAGAAGGAAAACGCUCCAAAUAACUUGUAAAUACUGAAGAGGAGCAGUUUAGCUUUUGUUCACAGUACACUAUACAAGCAGAAGAUACAUUGCACAACAAUCUAUUUUCUAUGUGUUGUUUUCUUUUUCUUAUGUGUCAAGAAUUGUGUGUGAAAUGUGUUUUUUUGUUUUUAAUAAACGUAUAACUAAAAGAUAAAACAAACGUCUGACAACAUUCUUAGCAUACAUAUGAUUGAAACAAUUCCUCCUCUGAAACCUUUUUAAACAUCAAAUUUCAUAUCUAAUGUCCAACGGUUAAUGACUUAAUUGCAACAUGGUUCUUACAUGGUGAAUAUGAUGUCUCUGUUGCAAAUAACCCAAUAUGCAUUUCAACAAUCCUCCUGCAAGUUCCAAGACUCCAAGUGACCAAGAACUCUGGCCGGAUUGCAGGAUUCUUACAACCGUAGUAACAUUGGGAGCUUUUGUGAUAUUUUAUCUUUGGAACGUGUCUGAAGGCAGCAGCAGCCGCCGCAGUGCCGAUGCCGUGCCAGUGAUAGAUCCCAUGGAGCUGCCCCAUCCGAGGCACUGCGGGAUGAGUAACGGCAGCUAAGCCUUUCCUCAGGAACUCAAGGCUCGGGUUUUUGAUCGAGCCAACACUCAGGGGAUGCUCUCGCUAGCACGCCACCUAGUUAGCUUGGACGAUUUCGAGUGCAUCACAGUACAGAAACAGCACUGGUGAAAAUUACGAAUAAUCUUUUACUUGCAUCG